UGCUACUUUUGACCAGGAAAGUAGCACCGACCAAGCAGAGUUUCUGGUAGUGGGAGCUGCACCUCUGCCGCAGUCUGUACUCUGUCGCCGCGUCUCUUGUUUCUGCUGACCAGCACACCUGACAGACAGUGAAACCUCAAGCCCAAGGAGGGUUUCAUCUGGUAUCUACAAGGCUUAGAGUGCGCAAAAACCUCGUUUCUGUUCUAUAUAAUCAGAGGGGGUACUAGAAACCCUAGACGGCAUUAUGAUGGCUGUCGAAACCCAAGCGCAAUAUAACACCUCGUAUAUGAUGAGCGAGGAGCAUCAGUAUAUGUCUCCGGAGGAUGAGUGGGACAGGGACCUACUGCUGGACCCCGCCUGGGAGAAACAGCAGAGAAAGACUUUCACAGCCUGGUGUAACUCCCACUUGAGGAAGGCAGGGACACAGAUCGAGAACAUCGAGGACGACUUCAGGAAUGGCCUCAAACUCAUGCUGCUGCUGGAGGUCAUCUCAGGUGAGAGACUGCCCAAACCCGACAAAGGCAAGAUGCGUUUCCACAAGAUUGCAAACGUGAACAAGGCCCUGGAUUUCAUCUGCAGCAAGGGAGUCAAGCUGGUGUCCAUCGGCGCUGAGGAGAUCGUCGACGGUAAUACGAAGAUGACCCUGGGAAUGAUCUGGACCAUCAUCCUGCGUUUCGCCAUUCAGGACAUCUCCGUGGAGGAGACCUCUGCUAAGGAGGGUCUUCUUCUGUGGUGCCAGAGGAAGACUGCCCCCUACAGGAACGUUAACGUGCAGAACUUCCACAUCAGUUGGAAGGAUGGCCUGGCACUGUGUGCCCUCAUCCACAGACACAGACCUGACCUCAUUGACUACUCCAAACUGAGAAAGGAUGACCCCAUCGGUAACCUCAACACUGCCUUCGAGGUGGCUGAGAAGUACCUGGACAUCCCCAAGAUGCUCGACGCUGAAGACAUUGUGAACACCCCCAAGCCUGAUGAGAAGGCCAUCAUGACCUACGUGUCCUGCUUCUACCACGCCUUCGCUGGGGCUGAGCAGGCUGAGACAGCAGCUAACAGGAUCUGUAAAGUGCUGGCUGUGAACCAGGAGAAUGAGAAACUCAUGGAGGAGUAUGAGAAGCUGGCCAGUGAGUUGCUAGAGUGGAUCCGCAAGACCAUCCCGUGGCUGGAGAACCGCAUGGCGGAGCAGCAGAUGAGGGCCAUGCAGCAGAAGCUGGAGGACUUCAGGGACUACCGCCGCAUCCACAAGCCGCCCCGCGUCCAGGAGAAGUGUCAGCUGGAGAUCAACUUCAACACCCUGCAGACCAAGCUGAGGCUGAGCAACCGGCCCGCCUUCAUGCCCUCCGAGGGAAAGAUGGUCUCGGACAUAGCCAAUGCAUGGAAGGGUCUGGAGCAGGUGGAGAAGGGAUAUGAGGAGUGGCUUCUUACUGAGAUCAGACGUCUGGAGAGACUGGACCACCUGGCUGAGAAGUUCAAGCAGAAGUGCUCCCUGCACCAGUCCUGGACCUCAGGUAAAGAAGAGCUGCUGUCCAUGAAGGACUACGAGUCGGCCUCUCUGAUGGAGAUCAGGGCUCUGAUGAGGAAACACGAGGCCUUUGAGUCUGACCUGGCCGCCCACCAGGACAGAGUGGAGCAGAUCGCUGCCAUCGCACAGGAGCUCAAUGAGCUGGACUACCAUGACGCGUCCUCUGUGAACGCCCGCUGCCAGGGCAUCUGUGACCAGUGGGACAACCUGGGUACGCUGACGCAGAAGAGGAGGGACUCCCUGGAGCGCGUGGAGAAACUGUGGGAGACCAUUGACCAGCUGUACCUGGAGUUCGCCAAGAGGGCGGCGCCCUUCAACAACUGGAUGGACGGAGCCAUGGAGGAUCUGCAGGACAUGUUCAUUGUCCACAGCACCGAGGAGAUCCAUUCUCUGAUUACAGCCCAUGACCAGUUCAAGGCCACCCUACCAGAGGCUGAUAAGGAACGCAUGGCCACCAUGGGCAUCCAGAGCGAGAUUGUGAAGAUCGCUCAGACUUAUGGCAUCAAGCUGUCAGGAGUCAACCCCUACACCAACCUCUCCCCCCAGGAUAUCACUAACAAAUGGGAGGCGGUGAAGCACCUUGUUCCUCUCAGGGACCAGAUGCUGCAGGAGGAGGUGGCCAGGCAGCAGGCUAACGAGAGGCUGAGGCGCCAGUUCGCUGCCCAGGCCAACAUCAUCGGACCCUGGAUCCAGACCAAGAUGGAGGAGAUUGGUCAUGUGUCUGUGGACAUCGCCGGUUCUCUAGAGGAACAGAUGAACAAUCUCAAGCAGUAUGAACAAAACAUUAUCAACUACAAGUGUAACAUCGACAAACUGGAGGGAGACCACCAGCUCAGCCAGGAGUCCCUCAUCUUUGACAACAAACACACCAACUACACCAUGGAGCAUAUCCGUGUGGGCUGGGAGCAGCUGCUGACCACCAUCGCCCGCACCAUCAACGAGGUGGAGAACCAGAUUCUGACCCGCGACGCCAAGGGUAUCAGCCAGGAGCAGCUCAACGAAUUCAGAGCCUCCUUCAAUCACUUCGACAGGAAGAGAAACGGCAUGAUGGACCCCGACGACUUCCGUGCCUGUCUCAUCUCCAUGGGUUACGAUCUGGGUGAGGUGGAGUUUGCCCGCAUCAUGACCUUGGUGGAUUCAAACAACACAGGCGUGGUCACCUUCCAGGCCUUCAUCGACUUCAUGACCCGUGAGACGGCCGAGACAGACACCGCUGACCAGGUCAUGGCUUCCUUUAAGAUCCUGGCCUCCGACAAGGCCUACAUCACGGUUGACGAGCUGCGCAGAGAGCUGCCCGCAGAGCAGGCUGAGUACUGCAUCAGCCGCAUGACCAGGUACAUUGGAGCCGACGGCCCAGCCGGAGCCCUCGACUACAUCUCUUUCUCCAGCGCACUCUAUGGAGAGAGCGACUUGUAAACCCCCUCUCCUGUAUGGAGAGAGCGACUUGUAAACCCCCUUUCCCCCUCCUCUUGUCUUCCCUUCAUCUUCCCCCUCUCCUCUAUGGAGAGAGCGACUUGUAAAACUCCUCUCCUCCUAUUCCUCCUCCUCCUCCUCCUGUUCUUUCUUCCCACCAUCCUCUCCCUCCUGUACAGAGAGAGGUUUAGAUACCCCUUCUCCUCUCCUCUUUUCCCCUUCCCCACUCCUCCCUCCAUCCACCCCCGUGCUGUCCACACUGCCCAGAGAGGAAAAGAGAGCGGGAGGCUUUGCUCAGAUCAAAUCUCCGAGACCCAUGUCCUGUUAAGGUCUGGCUGGAUUUCUAAUGUUUAACUCUCAUCCCUCUCUCGUCCAUACUGUCAUCUGUACUGCACCAAGUGCCUGAUGAGCCAGAAUACCUGGUGUCACACGAUGAUCCGUUUCACAUUAACUGCCUUUCAGUACGAUCGACCAGACAGAGUGGAGUCAUGGGGGAAAAAACAAAGGAGGGACAAAAUAAAAAUAGUUUCACACUAGCAGAGUUUCUGAGCAGAGCCCCCAGCCCUAUACCUCACCUCCUCAAAUAAUAUUACAGUUCCUAUUAUUUGGAAGGGUUUAAAAGAAAACAAUGAAAUAUUGUUUGGUUGGUUGUGUAUUGAUGCAGAUGCAUGCUCUGUUUAUAGUAGAAAUGCUGUCCAUGUUGAAUGGUUGAAUCUCCCCCCAACACACAAAUCCUUUAUAGCAGCUCCCCAUCCCCAUACAAACACCCCUCUCUUUCCACAGAAACGUGUAAUGUUGUCCCAAUGCUUUCAUAAUGUUGUAAUUUGGUAUUUCAGAGAGUAUAGGGUGCCAUCAGAAGAGAGCAGUGAAUUGUGGGUAAAAGGUAGUUAACAACUGAUCUCUGAUCAACUUGUUUAGAGGGGUGAAGACACUGACAGGAAUAAUUAUUUUGAUUGGAGGAUAGGGUGAGGAUGCUGACAGGAAGGCUCAUUUUGAUUGGAGGAUACAAAGAUAAAGGAGUAUAAUAACUGUUAUUGCCAGAAAGAAGCGUGUCGGUCACCUCUCUCCUCUGUCUCAUCCCUCUAUCAUCACUCCAUCAUCUGUACCAGGGAUAUGACUACACCAAUAGAAUGAUAUAAUAUGUAAUAUUUUACAUAUACUAUUUCAUAUCCUAUGAAACCAUAUUGAGGUUGUCUGCUUGCUGUGCAUUUUGAGAGGAGCGAGAGACAGGUAGAGGUGUUGAGUAGUGAAAAAGAGCGAGAGAGAGAGCGAGAGAGAGGAAAUCAGGUAAAGUUCUGGAGAUAAAGGAAUAUGGACUCAGGAACCCUGAGUCCAGGUAUGGUGAAACAAAGUUAGGCCCAGGCUUCAUCCAAAAUGGCACCCUAUUCCCCAUAGGCUCUAGUCAAAAGUAGUGCACUACAUAGGUUAUAGGGUGUCAUUUUGGACUCAGACCCAGUGUAGCCUAACUAUCUAUGCAAGGAAGCUUUUAGGUUGUGGUCCAGUUCAAUAAGAGGAUGGCUGCGUUCCAGGCUGACUACACCGCAGACGGCUGCCAGAUCUCACCAACGCCCGGAUACGUGUUAAACAAAGCAGUUAACCACAUCAUACGAUAUAGCAAUCUGAUGCCUGACUGCACAGUUGAUGAGGUGGCACUCAACCAUUUGCAAUGUAAUUGGCCUGGAACAUGACGUGUUUAAAACAGAACCUGAGAAUGUCAGCCGUGAAGUGAGCAAGGGUAUUCUAAUGACAGUGUGCAAUUCUCAAAUCUACACCCAAUUCCCUAUGUCGUGCACUAGUUUUGACCUGAUCCGAAGUAGCCAAGUGCACUACGGAGGGAAUAGGGUGUCAUUUAGGACAAAGCCAGAGCCAGUAACUCCCUUUUGCGUGGAUUCUUUCUCUUCUGUCUUCUCUAUUAUCCCUUCCUCCUGUUUUCCCUCUAUUCUAUCACCCGCUACAAGAGCUUGCUUCCACACAGUCCUUCAAAGUUAAAGUCACACCUUGGAAUAAAUCAAAAAGGAAAACUAUAUUACUAUAUGAA